AGCAAAUGAGUGAAAACAAGAAGGCGUCGCUCUCACGUGGGCGGAAGAUCUCGAAUUACAGCUGCAGUGAGAUGCGAGCCCGAGCGGCAUCGUCCGCUGACGUCAGUCGGUGUCGCAGGGAAAUGGACUGGGCUGCAGCGAAAGGCACCGUCGAGCUGCACCGUUACAAAACAACGACGCCAUGACCACCGGAUGAGGCGCCGCGCGCUCACAAUCCGCCAUUUGGAAAGCUGAAAAGCGGGGGAAAACGUUGAGCUUCGUGGGAAUGUCGCUCGAGGGAAUCCUCAGUCGUGGAGGCUGAGCUUUAACAUGCCCAUCCCAAUUUGCUACAGGACCACCCCAGACAGCGUGACGGCACACAACUCAAAGCAUGGGAAGCAAGGCAGGAGAGCGGACCCGGCGGGUGGCCAUCUUUGUGGCAGUCUUCAUCGUGAUGACGCUGUUGAUCUUGUACAACUCGGGGGCCACCCAGUCCAGCUACUUGCCCUUCCAGGUGGCCAAGAACCACACGCCCAAGCCCACAAACCUCAAAAAGUGGGCAACCAAAGACUACGUGGCCGUGCAUGGAGAUAAGAGAAUGAACCUUCAUUGCCAGCAGUGUGCCCUGGUCACCAGCUCCAGCCACGUGCUGGGCACCAAAGCGGGCGAGCUCAUCGACAGCAGCGAGUGUGUGAUCCGCAUGAACGACGCGCCCACCGCAAAGUACGAAACAGACGUUGGCAAGCGCACCACGCUGCGGGUGGUGGCCCAUUCCAGCGUGUACCGGGUGCUCCGACGCCAUGACGACUAUAUAGUGGAUGGUGGCAACAGCCGACAAACCAUCAUUUUCUGGGGGCCUCCGAACAAGAUGACCAAGGACUCCAAAGCCACCGUGUACCGAGCCAUCCAGAAGAUCUGUUCCACAUAUAAGAAUGUGUCGUGUUUUACCGUCGCACCGGCAAAAAUGUACAGAUUUGAUAAUCUGUUCCAACUGGAGACGGGACAAAACAGACAAAGAUCCAAUUCCUGGCUUAGCACAGGCUGGUUCACUAUGGUCAUUGCCAUCGAAAUAUGCGACAACAUCCAAGUGUACGGGAUGGUUCCGCCCAAUUUUUGCAGCACCACGAAGGGCUCCAACAUGUUGCCGUACCACUACUACAAGCCGCGGGGUUCAGACGAAUGCGUGACCUUCAUGCAGAGCCAGAACAACCAAAAAGGGAGCCACCACCGCUUCAUCACUGAGAAGCAGGUGUUCGGACACUGGGCGCAGCAGUAUAACAUUACCUUCCAUCAUCCCACCUGGUGAAAAUGGACGCUUUUGUGUGAGAAAUUGCCUACUUUCAGGGAUUUCCACAGGGAAGAACUAAAAUAAAUGGAAAAAAGACGCAUGGAAUGUUUUUUUUUUUUUUUUAAGUGUUUGUAAUCUUUGUAUAUUCAUUGUAUUUAGUAUUACAUGGUUGCAAAAUUCCAGGAAUGUUAAAAGUACAAAUUUUCCAUGGAAGCAAAAUCCACUGGAUGGAUGUUAAUCGCUGUCAAUGUGUUCAAGAAAAUGAAAUUACUUUUUUGUUAAGGUGACAACCUGGAAAAGGCGUCCGACAUCUUCUGCUUCAGCAUCGCCAUGGAAAUUAAAAUGGCUUCCUGCAUGGGAAGGGGAAAAAAAAACGGGAGUGGUUGGUUGUUCUUUGGGAUUGUUGCAAGCAAUACCAGUGUUUAGGGCUGCAGCUAUCGAAUAUUUCAGUAAUCGACUGAAAAUUCUGUCGAUUAAUAGAGUAAUCGGAUGAAACUUUUUUUUAGGUAAUGAGCAAUUAUAAAUAUAAAGACAUUUCAUCUAAUAUUGAACCAUUUUCAGUCAAUGUCUAUUUUCGAUUGUUGAAAACAGCCAACAAUUGCAUCUCAGAUGUGACUAGAAUAAAAAGAAGUCUACCGUAUUGGCCCAAUGUAAGACGGUGUUUUUUGGAUUGAAAUAAGCCUGAAAAAGUCGGGGUCGUCUUAUAUUCGCGGUCUGGACAUUCUACCCAUUCACGUCGCUAGAUGGCGCCACAUAUCAUUGAAGCGACGCUCUGUCAUGAUCAGUGUUGUUAAUAACGGCGUUACAAUAUAACGGCGUUACUAACGGCGUUAUUUUUUUCAGUAGUGGGUAAUCUAAUUAAUUACUUUUCUCAUCUUGGCAACACCGUUACCGUUACUGAGGACGGAAAGGCAUGCGUUACUAUAUUGGUCGAAAAGUCUGAGGGAGACUGACUCACCGAGACGACAGAGCAGAGCAGGAGUAGGGAGGAGGCAAGAAAGUUGUGACGCCGAGCAAACGCGAUGCUAGGUAGCUCCAAUAAUACAUGUUGUAGCCGAUAGCUAGUACAAACUACGCCCGCAUGUUAUGGUAGAUAUGGUAGACAUGGUAGAUAUCACAUGUACUGUACAUAGAUAUAACUAGAUGCAAUAUGACAGACAUGGCACUAAAUGAGUUAGUAGACAGCCGCCAUCUUAAAGCAGUAGACUUUUUAGGACGGCUCUGUUGUAGAGAACCUUCCUAGCGAACCUAAGUAACUUUUUAACUAAAAUACUUCUAAAUCGGCAAAAUCUUGACUUGAAUCUAUCUUUAAAAGAUGAAACAGUUUUAAAAUUUUCAUAUGUUGAAAGUAGAGAGAAGGGAACUAAUGCAAUAAUGGGAGCAAUUUUAACAACUUUUAACAAUUGAUUCAGGGUAAAGGGUAAAUUAGGGUAAAGAAUUGGGCUCGGGGCAAUUGUACCAAAAACCUUCACAAAAAACCUCACAUAGUGUGGCCAAUGUUUUUUUUGUUUUUUGUUUUUUUGGAGGAAAAAAAAAUAAUUAUCACCAAUUGCUUUGCCAAGUAACUAAUUACUAACGCAAUUACUUUUUGGGAGAAGUAAUUUGUAACUAAUUAAUUACUUUUUUUCAGUAAGAUUAACAACACUGGUCAUGAUAGAUCUCAGCUACUCAAGUUUAACCAGUUUGCAUUAUUUUAUCGCAAUGUUUCUCCUUAUUCAGAUUUGUUUCAAGACUACAGUUAGACUUCACUUUGAUGGUUAAUGCAGUUAUUGCAAUUUUGUUGUUUUAUCACAAUAGAUUGGUUUAUUGACAUUUCAAAAACCAGAAGUUAUUCAUUCACGAAUGUGAUUGCACUUUAGUUUACAUAUUUAAAUGUUCAGAUGUUAAGAUUUGAAUGAGGCAAAAAAAACAUGCUUUUUCUCUCAAAUAUAUUGUUAUAAUCAUUUGUUUCAGAUGUACUGUAAUUAUUUUCUGUAUAAAAAUUAAUUUGGUGUUCAAAAAGUCUUUUUUUUCAAACUUGAGUCUUGAAAAACAGGGGGUCGUCUUAUAUUCAGGCCAAUAUAGUAAAACAGGAAAUGUUUUAUGUUUUGUACUUUAAAUACUAUUUUUUUAAUCAAAAACCACGUAGGAAAAACAUUUCUGUAGUCCCUG